AUGUCGGGUCGACCUGGACUCACUGAGAAGCGUUUGUCGGCCCAUCGCUUUCAACCGCUUCCAGAUUACACAAACGAUGCCAUGAUGGCCAGUCCACACGAUGUCACGAUUGAUAUCCCCCUAACCAAUGUCACCAGUCGCAGUCCGACGGGUGCGCGCCGGAAUAGUGCCCAGACGGCCACCUCUCCGGCGGCCUAUCACCCGCCGGUCCAGGGUAUCCAGACCAACACCAGCGAAAAGGCUGGCUUGGUCUCGGGCAUGGGUCCUGGCCGUCGCAAGAGAACCGUCGACGAUGCCACCGGCCGUUCACUCGACGACCCCGACGAUGGAACUAUCACGCGCAUGGGGAGGAUCUACCAAGCCAUCCUCAACUUUUCCAUUGUCACUCGCUACAUGAUCUAUGUCACACCGCUCGCCGUGUUAAUUGCGAUUCCCAUCAUUGUGGGAGCCACAGCCGCGCAGGACGCGAGAAUCGGCGGCGUCACUCUGCCCUGGUUCUUUGCCUGGAUCGAAGUGGUCUGGCUGAGUCUGUGGAUCUGCAAGAUCAUCGCUCAUUUUCUUCCCUAUCUGUUCCAGUUCCUGUGCGGCAUCGUCAGCCCUGGAACUCGCAAGUAUGCUCUCAUUUUGCGCGCGCUGGAACUGCCGAUUGCAACCGUCUUUUGGACACUGGUCUCCCUCGUCACUUUUCUCCCGGUGAUGACGUACAACCCCGAAAAGAAACGAUCCGGUGACACAGAUGUCGAGUCCUGGGAGAAAUCCGUCAAGAACAUUCUGUUUGCUCUUUUUGUCUGUAGUUUGAUUCUGCUGGCGGAGAAAUUCCUGGUCCAGCUCAUCUCCAUCAGCUACCACCGAAAGCAAUUUGACCAGAGGAUCAAGGAGUCCAAGCGCAGUAUCGAACUCGUCGGUCAACUCUACGAUGCUUCCCGCAACAUGUUUCCCAUGUACUGCAAGGAGUUCCGCGAGGAUGAUCUGAUGAUUUCUGACUCGCUUUUGGGUGCCGCUACCAAGGGACCCGUUCUCGCCCGGUCCAGCUCUUCCGUGCCCCUCAAACUCAUCCGCAAUGUCGGUCACAACGUGGGCAGGUUCGGCGACAGGGUCACGGCGGCGUUCGGGGAUGUGGCCCACGAAAUUACCGGGAAGGAGGUCUUUAACCCGACCUCCGUUCGUGGUAUCGUUACCCAGGCACUAGAACGUCGCAAGGCCGCCGAAGCGUUAGCACGAAGAAUCUGGAUGUCGUUCGUCGUUGAGGGCCGAGAUGCUCUCUAUCUCGAUGAUAUCAUGGAAGUGCUCGGGACCGGCAAGGAGGCCAUCGCCGAAGAAUGUUUCCACAUGCUGGACCGUGAUGGCAACGGAGAUAUCAGUUUGGAGGAGAUGGUGCUCGUCGUGGGAGAGAUUGGAGGCAACCGAAAGGCCUUGAACAACAGCAUGUACGAUGUCGACCAGGCCAUCCACGUCCUCGACAAUCUUCUGCUCACCGUGGCUGGUGUCAUCGCCAUCCUCGUCUUUGUUUCCUUUGUCACCAGCGGCUUCGGCACCGUUAUCGCGGCCGGUGCUACCUCUCUCUUGUCUCUGAGUUUCGUCUUCGCAACCACCGCGCAGGAGGUGUUGGGUUCGUGCAUCUUCUUGUUCGUCAAGCACCCAUUCGACAUUGGUGAUCGAGUUGAGAUCACCGACAAGUCGUACAUUGUCGAGCGCAUCUCGCUCCUGUACACGGUCUUCCGUUCCGUGGCGGACCAGCGCACCACGCAGGUCCCCAACGUUGUGCUCAAUACGCUGUGGGUGGACAACUUCACCCGCUCUAAUGCGAUGCACGAACAGCUCAAGAUUCCCGUCAGCUUCGAUACGACCUUUGCUGAUAUCCAGAUGCUCCGCGAAGAGAUGGAAGCAUUCGUUCGCGACAAGGACAAUUACCGUGACUUCCAGCCAGAUAUUGAGAUUGACGUCGUGGGUGUGGGUGACAUGGACAAACUCGAACUGACCGUCAGUAUCCGCCACAAGUCCAAUUGGUCUUAUGAGGCGAUCCGCGCCGCCCGCCGGUCCAAGUUCAUGUGCGCCUUGGUCACCGCCGUUCGCAAGAUCCCGAUUCGCGCUCCGGGUGCCGCCGCCGAAGAACCGGCCGACGAUAGUGAUGACAAGGACGACAAGCCGGACACCGAGAAAUUGGAUCCCAGCAGCAACAUCACACGGACCGCCUCCGGUCAAAGGCGCAUGGCAGCGGCCGCCGGCAUGGGGAUGGACGGCACGGGCCCGGACCUGGCCCGAUCCACUGGCUUCGACGUCGGUCAAUCUCCUGGCUCCGUACAGCGUCGCAGCGGCUCCUCUCCCACCGCUGCCGGCUCGCACACGGACUCCAGCUAUCCCGAGCGCUCCAAUAACCGAACCCCGGGCAACGAUGGCGACCACUACCAAACACCAGCCGCGUCUCCCGGGCUUGAACACCACAACCUCAGUGUCAACUAUGGCAACCUGAACCGUGAAGCCUCCACUGGCCGCCGCAAGGCAGGCACUACCCCUAGCGAACCAUCCCCGGCCACCACCGGUGGGGUCCCUAUCAUUGCUGAACCGGUGCCCCCUCUUCCUCGACAGCACCAGCAGCAGCAGCAGCAACCGCCAUCCGUCCAAUCGGUCGGUCAGCCCGAUUACAACCCGUACUCCAGCCCAGCGCACUACGGAAACAGCUUCUAUGGUUCGCAGAGCCAAGAUACCGCCUAUGACCCAGAACAGCCGCUGGAGCUCCCAUCAGCGAGAGAACAGUCAGAGUCGGAUCCGUACCGACGGUACCCAGGUCCAUCGGGGGCGCAGCAGCGCUCCCCAGACGACCACUCUCGGAGCGGAUACCCGCCGCCUCGACCGUACGGGGGUCAGUAG